UGCAAUUUUCCGUUGUCAAUAACGGACACUGGCAGUGAUCCCGGCAGACCAGUCUACCUCCUUUAAUAAACAUCUAAUCAAUGUGUUGUUCAAUAAUAUUAUUAAUUAAUUCGUGAUUAUUAUUAUCCAAUUAAUUUUAUAAAUAUUCAAUAUAAAUUUUGAGUGUUAUUUUUUUUUAAUGGUCAUCUAAAUUGGAGGAGUGUUACAGAAAGGAUCGGGCGUGCCUUUUUUUUUCUCUUUAAUAAUUUUUUUUUUUUUUUCAUUUUUAUUUCAUUUUUUUCCCGUUUCAAUGAUAUAUACAAAGAAAAUAUAAACAUACAAAAUUUUACGGUAAAUAAUUAUUAAAUUGUGUUGAAAUUUUAUUUGAAUGUGAAGCAUUUUUAACCGUCAUUUGCCGGCUCACCUUGGAGACAACAAAAAAAGAAAAAAAAAAAAAAAAAAAUAGUCGUCAAGUUACAAAAAGUUAUUUUACAUUCAAUUUUGGUCAUUAACCCUGGACAAUUAUUAUUAACAACAUUUAAACAAGGAUACAUAUUAAUUUAUUAAUCAUGGAUCAAGGCGUGUGUAACAUUGACAUGGGAACCAGCAUAAACAUCAAGAGAACAGACGGCCGAGUACAUUCAGCAAUUGUAUCUGGUGUCAACUGGGAACAGAGAAGUGUCACUGUAGAAUGGUUCGAAAAAGGAGAGACCAAAGGAAAAGAGGUUGAGAUGGAUGCUAUUCUUGCUUUGAAUCCAGAAUUAUUACCUAAAUCAAUGCCACCACCUCCAACAAAUAAUAUCAUUACAACAAGAUCCAAGCACUCAUCAAGGCCUUCAAUACCAGUCAAGGCUGGUUUAAAUAGACAAAUACCUCGUGGUGGUGGAAAUAGAGUUACCAAUAUAAUGCCACCAGUAACUGUUAAUGGUAAUAGUGAUUCUGUAUCUGGUUUAACAAGUCGUCGUGAAUUAGAAAAUAUACCACCAACAGUACCAGUUUAUACAAAUUCAACAUCAUUAACUAAAAAACCACAAAUAAUACCACCACAGCAUGUUUCACAACAACAUAUUCAACAACAACAGCAACAACAACAGCAACAGUUGCAACAACAACAACAACAACAGCAGCAACAACAGCAACAAGUUGUUAAUUCACAAACAACACAAAUUGAAAAUGGAAGAGGAAGAAGAUCAAAUGUUGUAAAAGAAGUUGAAAGAUUAAAGAAAAAUCGUGAAGAAAGACGUCAACGACAAGCUGAACUUAAAGAAGAAAAAGAAGCACUAAUGAAUUUAGAUCCUGGUAAUCCAAAUUGGGAAUUUUUAGCAAUGAUAAGAGAAUAUCAAAAUAGCAUUGAUUUUCGACCAUUACGUGAAACAGAUAGUGUUGAAGAUCAUCAAAUAACAGUAUGUGUACGUAAACGUCCAUUAAAUCGUAAAGAAUUAACACGUAAAGAAGUUGAUGUUAUAAGUGUACCAAAUAAAGAUCAAAUGGUUGUACAUGAACCAAAAUCAAAAGUUGAUUUAACAAAAUAUCUUGAAAAUCAAUUAUUUCGUUUUGAUUAUGCAUUUGAUGAAACUUGUACAAAUGAAAUUGUUUAUAAAUAUACAGCAAAACCACUUGUACAAACAAUAUUUGAUGGUGGUAUGGCAACAUGUUUUGCAUAUGGACAAACUGGUUCUGGUAAAACACAUACAAUGGGUGGUGAUUUUAAUGGUAAAACACAAGAUUGUAAAAAAGGUAUAUAUGCUAUGGUUGCUAAAGAUGUAUUUAAAUAUCAUAAAUCACAAAAAUAUCGUUCAGCAAAUUUAAUAAUAUCAGCAAGUUUUUUUGAAAUAUAUUCUGGUAAAGUAUUUGAUUUACUUGCUGAUAAAGAAAAGCUACGUGUACUUGAAGAUGGUAAACAACAAGUACAAAUUGUUGGUUUAACUGAAAAAGUUGUUGAAUCAUGUGAUGAAGUAUUAAAAUUAAUUCAACAUGGUAAUAGUGCUAGAACAAGUGGACAAACAUCAGCAAAUACAAAUUCAUCAAGAUCACAUGCUGUAUUUCAAAUUAUUGCUAGAGCAGCUGGUACACAUAAAGUACAUGGUAAAUUUUCAUUAAUUGAUUUAGCUGGUAAUGAAAGAGGUGCUGAUACAUCAUCAGCAAAUCGUCAAACACGUAUGGAAGGUGCUGAAAUUAAUAAAAGUUUACUUGCAUUAAAAGAAUGUAUACGUGCACUUGGUAGAAAAGGUACACAUUUACCAUUUAGAGCAAGUAAAUUAACACAAGUACUUAGAGAUAGUUUUAUUGGUGAAAAUUCAAAAACAUGUAUGAUUGCUAUGAUUAGUCCUGGUUUAAGUUCAUGUGAACAUUCACUUAAUACACUUAGAUAUGCUGAUCGUGUUAAAGAACUUGCUGCAACUGAUCCAACUGAAGCAAAAUUAUCACCAACUGAUGAAGAUGAUGAUGACGAUGAUGAAGAUGAUGAUGAAAGAUUAUUUAAAAUUGAAGAAAAUGCUAAUGAUAGUGUACUUUCUGAAAGUGAUUUAGCACAAUUAAGAUCACUCAAUGAAGGUGAAAUUUCACAAGAUCUUUAUACUUUUCACGAAGCUGUUUCUGCAUUACAACAAUUAGAAGAAGAAGUACUUGAUUCACACAAAGCUGUUAUGGAUAAAACAACUAAUUUUUUGAAUGAUGCACAUGAUGUUUUUAGUGCAACACAUGAAGUUGAUUAUGAUCAAGAAUCGUACGCGUUAAAAUGGGAACAUCUACUUUUGGAACAACGUGAUGCUUGUAAUGCUGCAUUGGAACAAGUCAGUCAAUUUCGUAGUCAACUAUUGCAAGAAGAGCAAAUCAGCCAGAAGAUGACACGCACCAACAAUUCAAGAUACAAUUAAAUUUAAAAAAACUAAAUCCCAAAAGAAAAUAAUUUUAAAACAAUAUUAAUUAAACAAAAAAAAAGACUACAGAAAAUAUUACAAACACACAUUGCGUAAUUAGUAAUUUUUGAUUAAAUUAUUUACAAAAAUUUUCUGUCCUCUGCCAGUAACUCAAAUUUAUUACUAUUAAUUUUUUUUUUUUUCGUCAUUUAAAAAACAAUACUGCUUUAACUCUUGAAAUAUUCGAAAUAAUAUCACAAAAAAAAAGAUAAAUAUUGAUCAAUUUGAUCGAGUGAAUAAUCGAUUAAAUAUGAAUCAAUUACAAAAUUUUUUUUUAAAUUUUUAAAUUUAAAAAAUCUCAAUGAAUUCUCAUUAUUUUGUCCAUGACAUUUGUUUUUUUUUUUUCUAAUUAAAAUUUAGUUUUAAAUAUCGAGAACAAAUAAAAAAUAAUUUUAAAUAAAGCAUGUAUAUUUUUUUAAUUUCAUUGCUUUUUUUUUUUUCUUUUUCAUACAUAAGACUAAUUAAUAUUAGAUUUUUUAAUGAUUAAAAUAAUUAAUGAAUUGUCUUGAAAAAUUUAGAAAUGAAAGAACAAUAUCUGUGUAAUACAAAUUUAGCUUGAAAAAAUUGUCAUUAUUUUUUUUUUUUUAAUGAAAAAAAUAUUUGCAAAAUCAUUUAAAAAUAAACACAACAUUUUUUUUUUGAAUAAAUAAAACGCCGGACGUUCUCUGAUGAUAUUAUGAACAAAAAAAAAAUCAAAAUCUUUGAACAAAAAAAUUCCAUGUAUGUAUUAAAUAUUGUCAAAAAAAAAAAAAAAA